AUGAGUACAUCCUACUCCUUCACGGACCUUCUCAGACAGCAGACUAUCUCUGUGUCGCCAGAAAAAGAGCUCAUCACUAAUGAUUGUGGGAAGAGCCAAUCUGGCGAGAAAUAUCGGAAAGACAACUUGGACGGGGUGGUGGAAGAUCUCGAUGCCAACAUGACGAGCGAGGAGAUAUCAGAAGAUGGGGAACCUGCUAGGCGCCCACUCUCUAUCAUGAGUAUCGCUAUAUGCAAGGAAGCAAUGGAGAUCCUCGCUCCCAUACACUAUUUGAUAUGCUUUGUUGUCCUACGUUCCGUGAACCCGAAGCUCCAUGACACCUUCUGGGAUAUGACUGACGAGGAGUUUAUGCGUGGUAUUCGGAGAUUGUUGGUCGAUAUCGUGGCUGAAGUUGGUGUUUUCAUGCUACUCGUAGUCGCCAUGAAGCG